AUGGAUGCUAUCUCUGACCCGACCUUCCAACAGACGAAAGCAAGGGGUAGUAGUACGGAGGAGUUACCUUCGUUGUUGACUGUUGUUGUCGAUCUAACUCCAAAGCUAUGGGCUGAAUUUGACGAAGAAACCAAAGAAGCAAGUAAUAUUAUCAAAAUGCUACGAGCGUUGAUAGUGUUCUUGAACGCACAUCUAGCGUUCAAUACAUCUAAUCAAGUGGCCAUUAUUGCCAGUCAUUCACAAGGGAUAAAGUACUUGUAUCCACGAAGUUCUAAUCGCAGCGAAACGGAGGCGGAAACAGUUGGGAAGAAAGAUCAGUUUAUCAUCAAUCCCGGGAUGUACAGUCGAUUCAGAAACGUUGACGAGACCCUCGUUGAAGAACUGUAUACUCUUUUCAAACAAGAGAUGGGGGAGGUUGAGAAAGCUACGCAAAAGAGCACGCUUCCAGGGGCGAUGUUAGCCGCAUUGGCAUAUACCAACAGGUUACUCCACGAUUACGAGACGAAGUCAUUGAAAUCUAGGAUAAUGGUGAUGACAUGUGGUAAUAAGAAUGGUACCUCGCAGAAGGAGGAAAUCUUCCAGUACAUCCCCAUUAUGAACUGUAUCUUCAGUGCUGCCAAACUCAAGUGCCCCAUAGACGUUGUGAAAAUUGGUGGGGCCCGGAAGAGCACCUUCCUACAACAAACAACCGAUGCCACAAACGGCAUAUACUUACACGUCGAUUCGACAGAUGGACUCGUCCAAUAUCUGUCCACAGCGAUGUUUAUUGAUCCCUCAUUACGAUCCAUAAUAGUAAAACCAAACCAGGGGUCAGUCGACUUUAGAACCUCCUGCUUCCUCACGGGGAAAGUGGUUGCAGUCGGGUACAUAUGUUCCGUAUGUCUGUGCGUUCUCUCGGUACUGCCGCCUGGGAAUCGGUGCCCUGCAUGCGAGUCAGAGUUUGACGAGCGUGUCAUCGCAAAAUUGAAGAAAAGACCCGUGGUCGCGAAGAUGUCUGGUAAGUCUAAGAAGCGGGCGCUCAAUCCAUAA